AUGUCCUCAUCAUAUCUCCCAGCAACUACUGACUCACUUGCUCAGGCUUUGGAAGCCAAAACCCCAUCUGAGGCGAUCUCUAUCCUUUAUCGGACACUUGAUGACCCUUCAUCUUUUUCUGAAGCUUUACGGAUAAAAGAACAAGCCAUCUCUAAUUUCUCAGACCUUCUUAGACAAGAGAACAGGGCAAAAACUGCUAAAAUUGUUCGUGGAAUUGUUGAUGCGGUAGUUAAAAUACCAGGCACAUCUGAUCUCCAGAUCUCCCUUUGCAAAGAAAUAGUGCAGUGGACCCGUGCUGAGAAGCGAACUUUCCUUCGACAACGAAUUGAGGCAAGGCUUGCAGCUCUUUUGAUGGAAAGCAAGGAGUAUUCUGAAGCAUUGACCCUACUUUCGGGCCUCAUCAAGGAGGUGAGAAGAUUAGAUGACAAGCUGCUUCUUGUGGAGAUAGUCUUGUUGGAGAGCAAGCUCCAUUUCUCUCUGAGAAAUCUUCCAAAAGCCAAGGCUGCCCUUACAGCGGCAAGAACAGCAGCCAACGCCAUUUAUGUGCCUCCAGCUCAGCAGGGCAGCAUAGACUUGCAAAGUGGGAUUCUCCAUGCGGAAGAGAAGGAUUAUAAAACUGCUUACAGCUAUUUCUUUGAAGCAUUCGAAGCUUUCAAUGCCCUUGAAGAUCCCCAAGCCAUAUAUAGCCUUAAGUACAUGUUGUUGUCCAAAAUCAUGGUAAGCCAGGCUGAUGAUGUAGCAGGAAUAAUAUCAUCAGCCAAGGUGGGAUUGCAAUAUCAGGGGCCAGAACUUGAUGCAAUGAAAGCUGUUGCUGAUGCUUAUUCAAAACGCUCUUUGAAGCUCUUUGAGAUUGCUCUUCGCAACUUUAAAGCCCAGCUAGAGGAAGACCCUAUUGUCCCCAGGCACCUCUCUUCCCUCUAUGACACGCUGCUGGAGCAGAAUCUUUGCAGGUUGAUCGAGCCUUUCUCAAGGGUUGAGAUUGCUCACGUUGCCGAGUUAAUUGAGUUGCCUGCUGACCACGUGGAGAAAAAAUCAUCUCAAAUGAUUUUGAAUAAGAAGUUUGCGGGAACUUUAGACCAAGGUGCUGGAUGCCUCAUCAUUUUUGAAGAUCCCAAGAUUGAUGCGAUCUACCCGACAACAUUGGAUACCGUUGCCAAUAUGGGCAAGGUUGUUGAUAGCAUCUAUGUGAGGUCUGCCAAAAUAAUGGUCUGAGGUUCUGAUUUAGGAGAUUGUUUUCUAGUUUCUGUUGCUUUUCAAUUUCUUCCCAGAGGCUAUUAUCUCUCCAUUGAUGUCGGGAUCGCGGCUUUAUUUUUCUAGGUUGAUAUGCUGCUAGUUACCCAACAUGAUGUGAAAUUGAUUUUUCUCGAAGUACUGAAAUUUUGUGGAAGAUUGGAUCAAAUUGAUGCACUCAGGCUGAACUUAAAUGAUCUCAAUAGGAGUAUAUUUGUAAUCCCCAUGGAUCCAU